GUCAGUAGAUGUAGAGAGGGAAGCACGUCGAGAAACGGUCACAAUAUAGAGGCGGUUGCGUGUCCGCAUGUAGUCUCCCCGUUCCCGCGAUAACUUCUCUCUAGAUUUCUCUCUCCUCCAUAUCCAUCAUCAUCAUCACCAUCAUCACUCGAAAAAGGGAGAAAAAAAUAAUAAAAACAAUUUCCCCAUUCAUUCAUGUCAGCUUAUCUUCUUCCUAAUCUCUCCAUCCAAACGUUUUCUUACUUUUAUUAUUAUUAUUAUGCUAAUGGUGCGAUGAAGAACAAUUGGAGGAGGUUCAAUUCUGUAUUCCUAAUUAUCGAUCAUGUCAUCGGAGAAUCCUGAGCCCGGGAUGAGGAUUAAAUUGAGGAAGAUUCCGGCAAUUCCGGUUCGACGUAGCAAUGACACCGGAGGAGGAGGAGGAGGAGAUGAUAGAGGCGAAAGCGACGGCGAGGGAGAAGACGAUAUGCUGUUUCUCGCUCCAUCCUCGAUCGGUCUCAAUCAUAUUCGAACUCGAUCGGCUCCUUUGCCUUCCAAUCUUCGAUUGUCGGCCUCCCUUACUGCUUCGUCAAAUAUUGGAGCCGAGGUCAAAAAUGGCGUCUCUUCUUGUCCAAAAGUCCCCCCAUCCAACAAUCAUUUAGAUCAAGCCAAAAAAAUUGCAUGGAGUCAAUCCAAAUCCUUGAGAGGUCCCUCCUCCAUGAAUAUGGGUUUAGAGGGUCAUCAGUCAGCCUUUGUCAAGGAAAUCCAAUCUCCGAGAUUUCAAGCUAUACUACGAGUAACAAGUGGACGUAGGAAGAGAGGGCACGACAUCAAAAGCUUCUCUCAUGAACUCAACUCGAAAGGAGUACGUCCUUUUCCGUUCAUUAAGUCUCGAGCAUUUGGGCACAUGGAGGAGAUCAUGGUUAUGGUUAGAGCAAAAUUUGAUAAACUAAAAGAAGAGGUUAAUUCUGAUUUGGGUUUAUUUGCGGGAAACUUAGUGGAUUUAUUAGAGAAAACUCCAGAGUCACAUUCUGAAGGGAAAUCAUGUCUGGAAGAUUUGUUAGUCAUAGCAAGGAUGUGUGCAAAGAUGACAUCACAUGAAUUUUGGAUAAAGUGUGAAGGAAUUGUCCAGAAUCUAGAUGACCACCGUCAAGAGCUGCCAAUGGGAAUGUUCAAACAAGCCUACACACACAUCUUAUUUAUCCUUGCGCGAUGCACUCGCCUUGUACAGUUCCAGAAGGAGAGUGGAUAUGAAGAAGACCACAUAUUGGGUCUUCACCAGCUCAGUGACCUAGGAUUUUAUCCAGAUUCAAUACUGGGACACCCACACCUUGACACCAGCAACUUAGCAGAUGAUAGGGAGUCAAUUGUAAAUCAGACUAAGGUCCAUGGACAAGAUCACAGUGCUAGAUUAAAGCAAGAGCAAAUGGAUCAGUUAUUAAUUAGUGGAGGUGACAAUGGAGAGGCAGGCACAGCCAAAAGUGUGUCUUCAUCUACUAGUAGCUAUAAAAUGUCAUCUUGGAAGAAACUCCCAUCUGUAGGUGGGAAAAGUAAGAAAGACCCAUCUUCCACUGACACUCCAUGUAAGGAUAAGUUGGAGCAGAUAGACACUAAAGAAGAAAGAACAAAUGUUGGUGAAAAUAGUGAACCACAUUCAGAGACAGGAAAAACAAAAAGAGUAGUAAACUGGGGAUUAUGGGGAGAUAACCACAGUGUGUCAUAUGAGAAUUCAUUUAUUUGCCGAAUAUGUGAGGUGGAGAUACCAACAAUAUAUGUUGAAGAGCAUUCUAGAAUUUGUACUAUUGCUGAUAGAUGUGAUGUAAAAGGUCUGACUGUAAAUGAAAGGCUUGAAAGAGUUGCAGAUGCUCUUGAAAAGAUUCUGGAAUCACUGACACCAAAGGGAUCAGAAUAUGCACCUGGAAGUCCAGAAAUUGGAAGAAUGUCUACGUCAAGUACAGCUGACGAGUUAACAGAUCUGUCUCCCAAACAAAACAGAUUGUCUUGUCGUUGCUCAGAAGAAAUGAUUGAUUAUAUUCGGCCUGAGUGUAGUUCAUGCCAAGCAGAUAACAUUUUAUCUGACAUCUCAUGUGAAAGUAGGGAUCUUCCAACUCCUGACAUCAGUAAGAACACCUCAACAACAGGUAAUUUGACACCUCGGUCACCAUUGGCUACACCGAUGACUCAGAUGGCGUUUCUUUUGAGCGAACAUACAGUGAUAACAGAGCAUGAAAAUAUUCAGCAGAUAAACAAGCUAGCAGAUAUCUCACGAGCCAUAGCCAGUGUCAAUUCAACUGAUUAUAGUGGAUUGGAAUAUUUGCUUGAUCGUCUAGAAGACUUAAAAUAUGCCAUCCAAGACAGAAAAGUGGACGCUCUUGUUGUUGAGACAUUUGGAAGACGUAUAGAGAAACUAUUGCAGGAGAAGUAUGUCCUUCUAUGUGGACAGAUAGAAGAUGAAAAAGGUGAAUCAUCUCAUACGACGGUUGAUGAAGAUAGCUCUUUUGAAGAUGACGGUUUUCGUAGUCUGAGAGCAAGCCCCAUGAAUCCCUUAAAUCAAUCUAAAGAUCGGACAUCAAUAGAGGAUUUUGAGAUAAUAAAACCAAUUAGCAGGGGUGCGUUCGGACGGGUUUUCUUGGCCAGAAAAAGGGCGACAGGGGAUGUGUUUGCUAUAAAGGUUUUAAGAAAAGCAGAUAUGAUACGGAAAAAUGCAGUUGAAAGUAUUUUGGCUGAACGUGAUAUACUAAUAUCAGUUCGCAACCCAUUUGUGGUUCGAUUUUUCUACUCAUUCACCUGUAGGGAAAAUCUUUAUUUAGUCAUGGAAUACUUAAAUGGAGGGGACCUUUAUUCAUUGCUUAGAAACCUUGGGUGCUUGGAUGAGGACAUGGUGCGCAUAUAUAUUGCAGAACUUGUUCUCGCACUGGAAUAUCUACAUUCCUUAAACAUCAUCCACAGGGAUCUGAAGCCUGAUAACUUAUUGAUUGGUCCAGAUGGUCAUAUCAAGUUGACAGAUUUUGGAUUGUCCAAAGUAGGCCUCAUAAACAGCACAGACGACUUAUCGCAUCCACCAGUCUCCAGUACAACUAUGCUUGAGAAUGAAGAGCCAAAAUAUGUAAGACAACCUUCAAUAAAAGAAGAGCGCCAAAAACAAUCAGUUGUUGGGACACCUGAUUAUUUGGCUCCAGAGAUACUCCUUGGAAUGGGGCAUGGUGCAACAGCAGAUUGGUGGUCUGUAGGGGUUAUUCUCUUUGAGCUACUUGUAGGAAUUCCUCCUUUCAAUGCCAAGUUGCCACAGGAAAUUUUUGACAAUAUCAUGAACCGAGACAUUCCUUGGCCCAAAGUACCAGAAGAGAUAAGCUACGAGGCUUAUGACUUAAUUGACAAGCUGCUGAUUGAAAGUCCAGUCCAGAGACUGGGAGCAACAGGUGCCAGAGAGGUAAAACAGCAUUCUUUUUUCAAGGAUAUCAAUUGGGACACACUUGCAAGGCAAAAGGCCAUGUUCAUACCAUCAGUUGAAGCACAAGAUACAAGCUACUUUAUGAGCCGCUACAUAUGGAACCCAGAAGAUGGGAAUGUGGAAGGUGGAAGUGAUUUUGAUGGCAUGUCCGAUACAAGUGUCUCGUGCAGCAGUGGCACAUAUAGCAACAUGAUGGAUGAGGAAGGUGAUGAAUGCGGUAAUUUGGCAGAAUUCAGUGCUCCAUCCCUUGAAGUGAAUUACUCGUUCAGUAACUUUUCAUUUAAGAACUUGUCUCAACUGGCCUCCAUCAACUACGAUUUUGUGAUAAAGAGUGCGAAGGAAACAGAUUCAUCAAAACAAAACUCGACAUGACGUCUCUUCAGUUUUGUUUCGCUAAUUUGCCAUCAUCAUCAGCAGCAGCAGAGCAGCUAGCUAGCUUCUGUAUAUAUUGGUUGGACAUGAAGUUGAAUUAAAAGGCUUUAUAAUGGUUUUGGUAAAUCAUCAGUAAAUGGCACUUAGUUCGGGAGAUAGAAUAGAUUAGUUGUGCAAUGUUUCAUGCCAUUUCCCCCCAUCUUUACCAUUCUUGAUUUGAGUCAUUUGUCCCUUGUAUAUUAACACACACACACCUGUGUUCUCUUUUAUUUUAUUUUAUUUUAUUGGGGGGGGUCGAAGGUAGGAGUUGUAGCUAGAUUUUACUAAAUAGCUAUUGACGUUAGGAAUAUAGAUUGGGAGGUUUAAUUACUUUAUAAACAGAGGGAUGUUGACUAUUUAGCUGUUGUAUUUGACGAGUGUAUGGAUGGAUCGAUAUGUUGGAUCAUUAGGAUUGUAGUAGGUACGUAGGCGAGCUUUAUUUGAAAUAUUUCUUUAAACUGUCUAUCAAUUUUGUAGCAGCUAGCUAGCUAGUGUAUUGUGUAUAUAUUUUUAUCUUCUUUC